UAACUCGGUGCUUUUAAUUCCCAAUUGAAGUUUCUUAUUCAGUUCAAUCUCCACAAAUAUUAAUAAGUAUUUAAUAGUGUAAUAAAAAAUCACAGCUAAAACCAUAUAAACAAUGGCAGAACGACGUGGUACAAAAGCAUUGGAAUUAUGGUGUCGUCGCAUGACUGAUGGUUAUCCUGGUGUUAAAAUUGAUAAUAUGACUACAUCAUGGAGAGAUGGUUUGGCAUUUUGCGCAAUGAUUCAUCAUUUUCGUCCAGAUUUAAUUGAGUUUGACAAGCUGAACAAAACCGAUGUAUAUUACAACAAUGAAUUGGCCUUCACCACUGCCGAAAAGUAUCUUGGCAUACCCGCCCUUCUAGAUGCUGACGAUAUGGCCGCCUAUGAAGUACCAGAUAGAUUGUCGAUACUCACAUAUCUUUCACAGUUUUAUCAAGUAUUUGCUGCACAAGACUCUCCUUUAGAUUCAUCAACAGAACAAGAAAUAAAUAAUAAACAGAUUUUGGCAAAAAUAUCAACGAAUGGGAUGAAUUUAGAAUUAUACACACCUGAGAUGUCAGGAAACCAAUCACAAUAA